CUCUUUUGUGGUCGCCGCUCGUGCCCAGGGCCCCCUCCCCGCUGGUGCGCGCGGGCCUGGGCCAGGCCGGACGCCCCUUCCCUUGGGCGGUUAGGUCCACGCGCCCCACCCCACGCGCCGGGCCGCGCCCGGCCCAGAUUGCAGGCCCUGCGGAAGUGCGGGCCGCGCCAUCGCACUUAAAGGAUUUUGUCGUCUGCGGCCGCGAUUGAGUGGCGUUAGAGCGUGUCCCAGACCUAGCUAGAGGUGAGUAUGGCUGAGCAGGAGCCCACAGCCGAGCAGCUGGCGCAGAUUGCGGCUGAGAACGAGGAGGAUGAGCACUCGGUCAACUACAAGCCCCCGGCCCAGAAGAGCAUCCAGGAGAUCCAGGAGCUGGAUAAGGACGACGAGAGUCUGCGCAAGUACAAGGAGGCCCUGCUGGGCCGUGUGGCCGUGUCUGCCGACCCCAACGUCCCCAAUGUUGUGGUGACCCGACUGAUCCUGGUUUGUAGCACCGCCCCGGGCCCCUUGGAGCUGGACCUGACAGGUGAUCUGGAGAGCUUUAAGAAGCAGUCCUUUGUGCUGAAGGAGGGUGUGGAAUACAGGAUAAAAAUCUCCUUCCGGGUGAACCGAGAGAUCGUGUCCGGCAUGAAGUACAUCCAGCACACGUACAGGAAAGGCGUUAAGAUUGACAAGACCGACUACAUGGUGGGGAGCUAUGGGCCUCGGGCAGAGGAAUACGAGUUCCUGACCCCCAUGGAGGAGGCCCCCAAGGGCAUGCUGGCUCGAGGCAGCUACAACAUCAAGUCCCGCUUCACAGACGACGACAGGACUGACCACCUGUCCUGGGAGUGGAACCUCACCAUCAAGAAGGAGUGGAAGGACUGAGCUGUGGCUGGGAGGUGGGCAGGGCGGGCGGACGGAAGGACGAACAUGCCCCUCCCCACCCCUCCCGACCCCAGACCAAAGUGC